AGCGGGGUCGUGGCGGAGUUUCCCCUCCAGCCCCCGAUGCCAACACUAUGCGGAGGGCAGUCUGCUUCCCUGCUCUCUGCCUGCUCCUCAGUCUGCACGCUGCAGGGUGCCUUUCUGUAAAUAAUGAUCACUUGUUGGCAGUUCAUCAGAAGAAGAAUGGGAAGCCAACAUUCAUUUACCACCAUACACAAGAUAUUGAGAAAAGUAUGGAUAUAGCUCCACAAAAGAUAUAUAGACAUAGCUACCAUUCCACUUCUCAGGUUCAAUUGAGCAAAAGACACCAAAUAGUUAAUUCAGCGUUUCCUAGGCCUGCAUAUGACCCAUCUCUUAAUCUGUUGGCUGUGGCUGGUCAAGAUCUUGAAGUGGAAAACCUUCCAAUUCCAGCAGCUAAUGUAAUUGUGGUGACAUUGCAGAUGGAUGUAAAUAAGUUGAACAUAACCUUGCUACGGAUUUUCCGCCAAGGAGUGGCAGCAGCGUUGGGACUUUUACCCCAGCAAGUGCACAUCAAUCGUCUUAUUGAAAAAAAGAACAGUGUUGAGUUAUAUGUAUCCCCCAUAAAUCAAAAAGGAGGCGUCUCUGAUCCCCUGCCACCCGAGGAAGUGCUGCGUUCACUUAAUAUCAAUGUUCUGCAUCAAAGUUUAUCUCAGUUUGGAAUUAUAGAAGUCUCCCCUGAGAAAAAUGUUUUACAAGGGCAGCAUGAAGCGGACAAAAUCUGGAGCAAAGAAGGAUUCUAUGCUGUUGUCAUUUUUCUCAGCAUCUUUGUGAUUAUAGUAACAUGUUUAAUGGUUCUUUACAGAUUAAAAGAAAAAUUUCAGCUUUCCUUGAGACAAGACAAAGAGAAAAAUCAGGAGAUCCAUCUGUCGCCCAUUGCGGUGCAACCCGGACAGACUGAGGCUAAGACAGUCAACAGUAUGGUCCAGCCUGAGCAGGCCCCGAAGGUGCUGAAUGUUGUGGUGGACACACAAGGCCGAUACACUCCUGAGAUCAAAGCUACCACUUCUGCCUGCCCUUCUCCUUUCAAAAUGAAACCCAUAGGACUGCAGGAGAGACGAGGGUCCAACGUAUCUCUAACACUGGACAUGAGUAGCUUGGGAAAUGUUGAACCCUUUGUGGCUGUCCCAACUCCACGGGAGAAGGUAGCAAUGGAGUAUCUGCAAUCAGCCAGCCGCAUUCUCACAAAGUCACAGCUGCGGGAUGUCGUGGCAAGUUCACACUUACUCCAAAGUGAAUUCAUGGAAAUUCCAAUGAACUUCGUGGAUCCCAAAGAAAUUGACAUUCCUCGUCAUGGAACUAAAAAUCGCUAUAAGACUAUUUUGCCAAAUCCUCUCAGCAGAGUGUGUUUAAAACCAAAAAAUGUAACGGAUUCGUUGAGCACCUAUAUUAAUGCUAAUUAUAUUAGGGGCUACAGUGGUCAAGAGAAGGCCUUCAUCGCAACACAGGGACCCAUGAUCAACACCGUGAAUGAUUUCUGGCAGAUGGUUUGGCAGGAAGACAGUCCUGUGAUUGUUAUGAUCACGAAACUCAAAGAAAAAAAUGAGAAAUGUGUACUAUACUGGCCAGAAAAGAGAGGCAUAUAUGGGAAAGUUGAGGUUCUGGUUAUCAGCGUAAAUGAAUGUGAUAACUACACCAUUAGAAACCUUGUCUUAAAGCAAGGAAGUCACACCCAACAUGUGAAGCAUUACUGGUACACCUCAUGGCCUGAUCACAAGACUCCAGACAGUGCCCAACCCCUUCUACAACUCAUGCUGGAUGUAGAAGAAGACCGGCUUGCCUCCUCGGGCCGAGGGCCUGUAGUUGUCCACUGCAGUGCAGGGAUAGGCAGAACAGGAUGUUUUAUUGCUACAUCCAUUGGCUGUCGACAGCUGAAAGAAGAAGGUGUUGUUGAUGCAUUAAGCAUUGUGUGCCAGCUCCGUGUGGACAGGGGUGGAAUGGUCCAAACUAGUGAGCAAUAUGAAUUUGUGCAUCAUGCUCUGUGCCUGUAUGAGAGCAGACUUUCAGCAGAAACUGUUCAGUGAUUCUUCAAAGCUGAUCAGACCAUCAAUAUCUAAGGGUGAUUAAUCAGUUACCCACUUGAGGCUCCUGAAAGGCGCUUCCGGCAAGAUGGAAAGAGAAGCCCUAACAUCAAGCUCUGGCAUGGAUUGUGGAAGACUUGGCAACAUAUUAAAGAUAGCCCAGUCCUUUGUAUACAUGAAUGCAACUGUAAGCAUCCCUGACAUUAUUUUGAAGGUCCUUUGCUAAUGGAGGUAUGAUACAUUUUUCACACAGCCUAAGAUGGAAUCUGUUUUAUCUCAUUGACUAUUUGCCACACAGAUGUAUCUAUGAAAUACUCAGUAAUGUGUCAUCAGAUGACGACAAGAGCUGCUGAAGAAAUUAUUGUUUUUUAGAUGCUUUGAUGUUUGCAAAUUCCGUCUUGUGAAUAGACUGUCAGCUAUUAAACUGUUACUGUUUUAAGUGCUAUUACCCUUCUUGGUUACCAGAAUCUUGCCACUACUGUUGGAAGUGAUUGAAAAUGAAUUUUUAACAAUAAGUCUGUGUUUUGAAAAAAAAUCAAAAGCAGCAACUACUUUAUAUGAAGAUGUGUCUUGAUAAUAUCACCUAUUAAAUGUGUAUUCAUCAGUACCUCCUAUCAAAUAAUUACAGAGCACAAUGACUGUCAUUGGGUAUUACAUGUAUUUAUUCUCUAUUAUUGGGCAUAGGGGCAGUUUCUGCUUGAGAGUUCUAUUCAUCGUAUUUCUACUCUUUGAGUCAUUUUACUUUAAAGAGAAAAAACAAAUUUGUAACAAUUAUGAUGUAAGAAGAAUUUUAAAUACUUGUCUCUCUUUUAUUAAGAAGGACUUUUUGAAUUUGCUGCCUACCUGGAAUCUAUCUUUCAAAAAAGACAGAUGCCUUUAGGACUAAUGUAACUUUUCCCAUUUCCAGAGAUUCUUCAAAGGACUCUGCCGUGGAUAUGGCAUUCAGAAAUUUAAGAAACGUUAAAUUUCUGAAUGAAAUUUCUGAAUGAUUUGAAUCCUCAAGAGACAAAGUUUUUAAAAUAUAUACACUCAGUAAACACUAGAUGUUCUGUUCAAAUAUUAAUUUUUAAUGCAAUUCUGUUGACUUUGUUUCGUACUGCCAAUAAACUCUUAAUACUUCA